AUGAAUUCCACUGCACAUACUCCCAUGUAUAACUAUUCUUUUCCAGACUUCACCAUAAAGGGCAAUCUGUCUGUGCAGAUCUUCGGAAAUGACACUAAGGAACUGGACAUAGGGGAGCUGGAGAAAAUGCUCUUUCUCUUCGUUAAGGAACCUGUGACCAUAAGCCUCACCGCCAUGUACAUCCUAUCUUUUGUUGUGGGCAUCAUUGGCAAUGUAAUGUCUAUUAAGGUGUUGACUCGGAAGAGGACUGGCAGGACAUCCAGUUUGAGCGCCACCAGAAGUCUACUUAUAAAUUUGGCCAUCUGCGACCUCAUGGUGGUCUGCGUGUGUAUGCCGAUUACGGUUGGCAAUUUGAUCUACAAAGCCUGGGUAUAUGGAGACUUCCUCUGUAGGGCAGUGCCCUUUAUCCAGGCCGUGUCUGUUUCGGCAAGUGUACUAAGUCUUACGGUCAUUAGCGUAAAUAGGUAUUAUAAUGUCCAUAACCCAUUAAACGCUAGAUCCUUCUUCACCCAGAAGAAAAUCUAUGGUACGAUUGUUGUGGUGUGGGUCAUAUCCUCCAGCAUCUGCUUGCCUCUAAUAUUUAUGAAUAAAAGAGAUGAGAUAGAGAUCGCCCAAGGACUUCCUUUAGUGUUUCCCAUCUGUACUGAGAUUUGGCCCCACGUCAUGUUCAAGCAGGCCUACAAUUUCCUUCUGUUCUGUUCUUUGUAUUGCUUGCCGGUACUGUUCAAUUUGGUGAUUUGCUUCCUCACCAUACGAAAAUUAUGGAGCUCCUCAGGCAACUUUAAAGAUUGUGACUCCAGGAACCAGUCUUUACCAGUGUCCCGAUUGAAACUCAGGAAGAAGAUUGCCAAAAUGGUGGUGGCCUUGGUGUCACUUUUUGCAGUUUCUUGGCUUCCGGUGUACUUGAUGGAUAUUUGGAUUGAUUUCAGUAUUCCAAAACCUUCUCAAGAUGAUACACCAUCUCCUUGGAUUCUUCAGUUGAGGCCUUUUGCUCAAUGGCUCGGGCUGACAAACUCUAGUCUUAACCCAAUAUGUUAUUGUUUUGUUGGGGAUCUCUACCGGUCAGCAAAGCAUAUGAAGAGCAUAUACCACAACAGGAUGGUUUCUCUCUUUAGUUUCUCAUUUUCUGAUGGAUCUCCAACGUCAAUACCUAAACUGCUGUCUUACAAGAACUCUUUACAUUCCACCAAAAGGUCCAAACUGAACUGUCCCUUAUCAAUGGGGGAUAAUUGUGAAAACUGCUAUCCUGGGAUCAUAAUGAGCGAAACGCCUGAAAUAACCGGCCACUCUUUGUCCUAA